UUACUGCUUCGCGAAGCCACACGCCUCGGCUUGGAUCUCCUUGGCCUCCGCCACCUGACAUGCACACAGAGAGAGAUAUCCACUGCAUGGGCGUGUCUCGUUCUCUCAUGCACCGCCCGCCCGACCAUUUGUGCCUUUGCUCGCUUCAUGGCUGUCUUGACUGCCUGUCGCUGGUCCUCGUGGGCCUUGUGCAUCAGCUCUGCACACAUGCCGCCCAACACACAUGUCAUGGAUGGACAUGUGGAUGGAUGCAUGGGUGCAGUUUAGACCUUUUGCCUUGAGGGCCUGCUCGGUCAUGUGUUUGCUGUGGGCGACGUGCUCACUCAGCUUCGACAGCGUCCUCUCGCUGGCCAUCUCCUCGUUGACCUUUGCAUGCUCGCUCGCCUCCAUGUCCGCAGACAAACUCUGAACAGACACAUAGACACAGAGAUACACAGACAGUGGUGGGAUGGGUUGGUCACUUUCUGUGGCAUUUGUGGCCUCUUUGGCUUGUUGGAUGGCCUCGUCUUCAGCCGCCCUCUCGGCCUCGUGUACCUGUGUGUGCGUGUGACACAACAAACAGUCACAGUAAUGGAUGAAUUGUAAAGUGACUACCGCAGCGUCGAUCUUCUCCAGCUCCUCGUCUGCAUGGACACACACAAAGUGAUGCAAGAGCGGCGCCUCAUUUCAUGCAGACGAGGUGUGUUACCCUUUUCCUUCUGCAGACGCUUUGCGCGUUUGUCGUUGCGUUUGAGGUUCUUCUCCUCUUCGCGACCUUCACGCUUGGCCUCCUCGCUUGCCUUCAUGCAUGAAUGCAAGACACAUGAGCCAAUCAACAUUUCUGCAAGGCGACUGACCUUUGUCUGUGCGAUCUUUUCGUCGAGUGGCUCUGUGGACGCCGCCUUCAU